GUAUGUAAUCAAAGUCAAAUCAGAUAAUUAACACUGCUAAUCAUAAUUCAUAAUACAGUUUAACCUCAACUCCUCGACUCCGUCGCUGUUAAAGAGAAAGAGCCCCCCACCCAACCCAACCCAACCCACCCCCCUCUUCUGCGAAAUCUGAAGCUCCAUUUCAGUCGUGCUCACGAAGUUAUCGCAAUUUCUGCAAUCUCAGGCAUCCAAUUGGAGUUGUGAUUGAAAAUGAAUCCAAAAGGUUUGAUUUAUAGCUUUGUUGCGAGAGGGACUGUUGUUCUAGCUGAACAUACACCUUAUUCAGGGAACUUUAGUACCAUUGCUGUCCAGUGCUUGCAGAAGCUCUCUUCAAAUAGUAGCAAGUAUACAUACUCAUGCGAUGGUCACACCUUCAACUUCCUUUUGGAUAGUGGAUUUGUCUUCCUAGUUGUUGCUGAUGAACCAACAGGAAGAAGUGUACCGUUUGUGUUUCUUGAAAGGGUUAAGGAUGAUUUCAAGAAACGUUAUGGUUCAAGUAUCAAAAAUGAUGGUGAUCUACAUCCUCUUGCUGAUGAUGAUGAAGAAGAUGAUGAUCUAUUUGGGGAUCGUUUUAGCAUUGCGUACAAUCUUGACAGAGAAUUUGGGCCAAAACUUAAAGAGCACAUGGAGUAUUGUAUGAACCAUCCUGAUGAAAUGAACAAGCUCUCUAAAUUGAAGGCUCAAAUCACAGAGGUCAAAGGAAUAAUGAUGGACAAUAUUGAGAAGGUUUUGGAUCGGGGUGAGAAGAUUGAACUGCUAGUGGAUAAAACUGAGAACCUUCAGUUCCAGGCUGACAGCUUCCAGAGGCAAGGCAGGCAGCUUCGUCGCAAGAUGUGGUUUCAGAACCUUCAAAUGAAACUGAUGGUUGGAGGUGCUAUUUUAAUUUUCAUUAUCAUCGUUUGGCUUUUCGCUUGUGGAGGUUUUAAAUGUUAAAAGUGAUUUCGACGUAAUCAUUUGGGAAUGGUACACUUUUAUCUCUCAGUUCUGUAGUGUACAAAACCUUUCUUGUAAAUGUGAGACAAUGCUGCGGACGCUUGUUUUGCUGACUUAAUACUAUGGCAUGGUACCUAUUA